UUGAUACCGUACCCUAGCUUCAAAUGGUCUUGCAAUUAAAAUCACUAAUAAGUGCUUCCACAACGAAAAAAAUUGUAAGAUGGCUCUUGUUCUCAAAAGAAUUAUACGGGGUUAUUUUUGGCUGUUCAACGAAAUGAAAGAUCCGAGAUCCGACGAUUUUUACUUGGCGUCAUCACCGUUCCAGCCCAUUUUUAUAGGGGUAUCUUAUUUAUACCUGAUAUAUAAAAUUCUUCCGGAAUUUAUGAAAAACAGACCCCCUUACAAACUGGAUAAAAUUUUAAUCAUUUUCAAUUUAACGCAAGUUUUAGUAAAUGCGUAUCUCUCCUUCAAUGCAAUGCUGGAAGUACAAACUCUGAGUUGGUCCUGCGCGAUAAUAGACUUUUCAGAUACUCCACACAACCGAUUUAUUCUUAGGUUAACGUAUGUUUACUUUUUAACAAAACUCGCUGAUUUGCUAGAUACGGUUUUUUUCAUACUGCGUGGGAAACAGAAUCAAGUUUCUUUUCUUCACGUUUAUCAUCAUUUUGGAAUGAUCGGACUGGGCUGGAUUGGAAUCAGGUUCGUGGGAGGCGGCCACAGCAUAUUUCUGGGUCUUGCAAACACUUUCGUUCACUCGAUUAUGUAUUUUUAUUAUCUUUUGACGGUUUGGAAGCCAGAGUAUAAAGCAAGUAUUUGGUGGAAAAAACAUAUUACGCAGCUGCAGCUACUUCAAUUUAUUUUCUUUUUCUUCAUCUAUGGACAACUAUUGUUCAAGCCUGAUUGUCAGUAUCCGAAAAUUGGCCCGUUUAUCAUUGUUCCGCAGAGUUUAUUUAUGAUGGUGCUGUUUGGUGACUUCUAUUACAAAACUUAUGUUAAGGCACAAAAAGUGAACAAAUAGUAACGUAAAAUAUAUUUAUCCACUUAGGUUAAGUUAGUUUUUUGUAAAAAAUUGAAUACACAAUGUAUGUUAUUUUCCGUUUGAAAAGGAAAAUUGUUUUGUAAUUUAAAUCAGGACCCUUGAAUUUUGAUUUGUUGAGCAAUUCGAAAUUUACACGAAAUCGAAACAUGAACAAAUUUUCCUAAUUUUUAUCGACGCGUAGAUCUAAAACUAUUAGCGAGAAUUACGUUACAAUUUAGAAAUAAAAUUUAAAAUUGUCAUAAUGGGACACCACGUGGAAAAUGUGCAGACGGAAAAAGACGGACUAGUUAAAGAUUUUUUAUACGUAUUUUUUCCAAAAUUUUACCUCUAAUAAAGUCAUGUUUUUAACCAAAA